AUGUCGCUCGUCACGGGAGAGAAGACGAACUUUCAGUUCAUUCUCCGUCUUCUGAACACCAACGUCGAUGGAAAGCAGAAGGUUAUGUACGCCUUGACCAAGAUCAAGGGUGUCGGUCGCCGAUACUCCAACUUGGUCUGCAAGAAGGCCGAUGUCGACCUGAACAAGCGCGCCGGUGAGCUUACCUCCGAAGAGCUCGAGCGUAUCGUCACCAUCAUCCAAAACCCUACCCAGUACAAGAUCCCCGCCUGGUUCUUGAACAGACAACGCGAUAUUGUUGACGGCAAGGACUCUCACAUCCUGGCCAACGGUGUCGACUCCAAGCUCCGUGAGGAUCUGGAGCGCCUCAAGAAGAUCCGUGCCCACCGUGGUCUCCGACACUACUGGGGUCUCCGUGUCCGUGGUCAGCACACCAAGACUACCGGUCGUCGUGGCCGAACUGUCGGUGUCUCCAAGAAGAAGGGUGGCUAA